AUAUUUUCAUACAUAAGGACCAAAUGUAAUCAAACUCCAUACAACUAAGGGACCAUAUUGAUCAUUUUCUCUUACUAGUAACGUGGAAAAGAAAAAUUCAAAAGUAGGAGGGAAUCCGAAAAAUAAAGGGGCAGUUAUGGAAUUAUGGAAAUGAGAGUGAACCUGGUUUGAAAUUCAAAAAAUGGUGCCGUUGCGCAAUGUGUAGGCGGUUCAAUAUAUAAAUCGGGUCACUGAGACGCUCCGUUUGAUAAAUCAGAAAACACACACAGCGAGAAAAGAGAAGACAAGAAAUGGAGGGUGGUAAAAAGAGUUCAUCGGCGAUGGAGGCAUUCGAGAAGCUGGAGAAGGUUGGGGAAGGUACGUAUGGAAAAGUGUACAGAGCGAGAGAUAGGGUUACUGGCAAAAUUGUUGCACUCAAGAAGACGAGGCUUCAUGAGGACGAAGAAGGUGUUCCUCCGACUACUCUCCGUGAGAUCUCACUCCUCAGAAUGCUCUCUAGGGAUCCUCACAUUGUCAAGCUGAUGGAUGUUAAACAAGGGCAGAACAAAGAAGGAAAGACGGUUCUUUACUUGGUCUUUGAGUACAUGGAUACUGAUGUUAAGAAAUUUAUUCGUACUUUCCGCGCUAAAGGAGAAAACAUCCCCCCUAAUAUUGUCAAGAGCUUGAUGUACCAGCUCUGCAAGGGGGUUGCUUUCUGCCAUGGUCAUGGUGUGCUGCACAGGGAUCUGAAACCACACAAUCUUCUGAUGGACCGCAAGACGAAUGUGCUCAAAUUAGCAGAUUUUGGACUUGGUAGGGCUUAUACUGUGCCAAUCAAGAAGUACACGCAUGAGAUAUUAACCCUGUGGUAUAGAGCCCCUGAGGUUCUUCUUGGAGCUACUCAUUACUCCACAGCAGUGGACAUGUGGUCUGUUGGUUGUAUAUUUGCUGAACUGGUGACAAACCAAGCCCUCUUCCCAGGAGACUCUGAGCUGCAACAACUGCUUCACAUUUUCAGGUUGCUAGGUACUCCUAAUGAACAACUCUGGCCCGGGGUGAGCAAAUUAGUCAACUGGCACGAGUACCCCCAAUGGAAACCACAGGCACUCUCAACUGUUGUACCUGGUCUAGCUGAAGAUGGGAUUAACCUUCUACAGGAGAUGUUGCAUUAUGAGCCGUCUAAGAGGAUUUCAGCAAAGAAAGCUAUGGAGCAUCCCUAUUUUGAUGAUCUCAACAAAACUCCGCUCUGAAGUUCCAACUUGAUAACUGCAAAUUGCUUCUAUAAUCCUAUUGCAAGCUUUUAUUGCUUUUCUCAAGCAUCUUUUAAUAGUAGUAUCAAUUAGUAUGGUGAUGUGUUGUGUUUCACCUUUAAACCUUGUCUUUCAAUAUCAGUUGGAUCAAUGUAAGCACAACUAUGCGCAAUGGUACGUUUUGCUAUUACAUAACUGGAGGUGUUUAGCUGCUUAAUAGAUUUAUCAAUAUCAGUUGGAUCAAUGUAAGCACCACCAUGUGCAGUGAUACAUUUUGCUAUGAUAUAACUGGAGGUGUUUUGCUGCUUAA